AUGAUUUACCUCUUGGAUUCAACUACUUCGCCUAGCUCCACACCAUGUGAGAAAACAACACAUCUCCAAAUCUACUCAGCUCUUCCACAGAUCUCAAACUUACUCAAAGCUCCUCUAUGGAACAAACUACCUCUCAAAAACCUAUCAACUUACACCAGCUCUUCUUCAGGCUAUCCUGUCCAGACUCCUCUUUGGAGCCAACCAAUUAUUCUACUUGCCCAAGCUUCCUCUAGGAUCAAACCAAGUCCCCCUUCCAAUCGACCACUUCUCAACGAUUCCUCUGUGGAUUCGACUACCUCACAGGCUCCAGCACCACUGAGGAAACCACCACGUCUUCAAUCUACUCAGCUCUUCCACCAUCUUCUGACUCUCCAAUCUUACCCUACCUCCUCUAUGGAAUCAACCACCUCGUCAAAUGCGGAAACAACCACUUAUUCAAGAUUGUGCAAUCUCCUGGAGUCGACCACUUCUCCGACUGACCUAACCUCAACUACCACCACUGAGGCUCCACCUACUACUUACUCGUAG